AUGGUGUUCUACUUUCACAAAAUCAACCUUGGAAACCACUUCAAACCACUUUCAAAGAGAGCACAACGUGUUGUCCUGACCUGCUCCUGGAUCUCCUUUGGUCUUAUCGGAGCGAUGAUGAUUUCGCAAGGAACUGUCAAGACUGUGGAACAUCGACCUGUUGCUGUUGGUCUUCAAAACAGCGAGCGCGUCGUUUUCGAGAAAAAGGCCUGA